UCGUGCAAAAGUUAAUUUGAAUCCACUUUUUGUCGUUUAAAAGUUAUUUAAAACUACAGUAAGAUUUGGUAAUUUUUGCUGCAUAUGAGCUAUUAUAACCGGUUUCGCAAUCAAAAAUUUUGUUGUUGAUUAGACAAAAAAAGAAUCAACUUUAGUAACCUUCAAUUUAUAAAUUUCGAUAACUUUUACUUGGUAUUGUAGAGCCACAACAUUUUUAAGAUCAAACUUAUAGACCAAGAUAUUUCUUUAAAUAUUUUGUUACAUUAUUUGCAGAGAGGAAUUUGCAUGCCUCUGCAUCUGGAAUCUGGUUUGCCGUUUGUCAAUUUUACAGAAGAAGAGAUAUUUGAAAUAUAAAAAUAUAGCCUAAAAUUUUUUAUAUUUACACCAUUAAAAUGGAAAUAAUAUCCGGGAAAAAGAAGGACACUUGUUUGUAUGUAUUUGAAGGAUAUACAUACAAUAUUGAUAAAAGAUGCAAUUAUAUAUACCGUUGUGCAAAAAGGCGUACAAUUUCGUGUAGUGGCUCGUUAGUUAGAAAGGAGGAAGGAUAUUUUUUAAAAAAUGGACAUAAUCAUCCUAGUGAGCCUCAUGUUAUUGAUAUUUUCAAUUUAAAAAAUGAAAUGAUUCAAAUGUCCAAAGAAACUACUGCAACCAACAAAGAAAUAUUUGAUACUGUUUCCCGAAAAAAUCCUAUAGUUGCAGCAAAUAUGUCAUUUACUGCAGUAAGGUCUCUAUUAUUAAGAGAAAGAAUUAAAGUGCGUCCUGCAUUACCUUCGAGUGUGUCUGAGCUUGACAAUUUGUUUCAAGACUAUGAACCUAUAAAGUUAAUUUAUAAGGGCUGCGUUAGAUCUGAAGAUAACAAAUGUUCCUAUAUAUUUACUAGCGACAAGCUUUUAAAAAUAUUAGAGAAGAGUAGCGAAAUUUUUAUAGAUGGUACAUUUUCUAUUGUACCUAGAGUACCAAACUUUGCACAGUUGUUUUCAAUUCAUGUACGAUACAUGGAUAAGGGUAUUGCAGUAUUAUUUAUCUUGUGUGAAGCAAGAACACAAUUAGUUUACAAAUCCAUAUGGAAAGAAGUUAUCAAAUUGGCUCCUGAUCUGCAAUGUAAUUUGCGCUUCAUAAUGUGUGAUUAUGAAAAAGCAUCGAUGAAUGCUGUCCAAGAACAAUUUCCUCGUGCAUCUGUGCGAGGCUGCUGGUUUCAUUAUUGUCAGGCUGUUUUGAAAAAGUGGAAACGGUUAGAACUUCUUACUGCUCCGUAUAAAAUUGUAUCUAUGGCAAUGACAUUAGCAUUAGCACCAUCAGAAAUGUUUUCUGAAGGUUUAGACCUCAUGCAGACGAUUGCGGUAAAAGAAUAUGAAAAUUAUCCUAACAUAAUGCUCUUUAUGAAAUAUAUGAGAAGUACAUGGCUUCCAAUAUCAAGAAAAAUAAGUGUAUAUGGAUGCCCAAUCAGGACUAAUAAUCUUGUGGAAUCAUUUCAUAAUACAAUGUUAAAAAAAAUUCAUAUGGUUCAUCCGAAUCUUUGGAUGUUUUUAGAUAACAUUUCCAAAAUAAUUCUGGAUCAAGAAAUUAAUUAUGAUCGUUUAGUAAAUGGUUUACAAAUAACAAAAGAUCGCAGUCAAUCUAACAAAUAUAAAAAUGAAAAAAUUCAAAAGGCACAAAUUUAUUUAUCGACUGGCAUUUAUUCAUUAAAGGAAUUCUUGCAAAUGUUUGAAAAAGAAAAUUUACAUAAACAAUAUAAAAUAGCAUUGUUAAUAGGUAAGUGUUUACAAAGAAAUUUUUAUUUUUUUAUUUGUUUUAUUAUAUUACUGUUAAUAUAUAUUCUAUUACUAUUCUCAAUUUGUUUAUAAAUAUUAAGCAUAAAAAUUAUGUAUGAAUAUAUAUAUUUAGUCCUUAUAAAUUUUAUUAUUACAUUGUUAUAUUAAUUGUAUUGUAUUAUGGUAUGUUAUACUAAUUCAAGGACUUGUUGCAACAGUAGACUAACCCACAUUUUGUAAAAACGGAGAAAAAGCUCUAAAGUUAAAAUGAUUAACUUUUAUUUUCUCUGUUUUUACAAAAAAAUGUGAGCUACCCCAUUAUUCCAGCAAGCUUUUCGAUUAUAUUAAUAUACAUUAAUAUGUUAAUGUAAUCAUAUUAGACACAUGUAUAUUUAAAGGUUUUUACAUAUUAUUUAAUCAAAUAAUCGAAAAGAGCUUUACUCGUUCUAUAUUAUCCCAGCUAGGAUAUUUUUGCAAUAAAUUCUUUUCAAGAUGCUUAUUAGCUUGUUAUUCUUAGUAUUAUUAAAUGGCUUGUCAAUUUAUUUUGUGAUAUGUACUCGAGCUUCAGUUUAGGACUGAGUUUUAAAGUUUUAAAGUUUUAUUGUCACCAAAUAAGACUUUCUUCGCUUAUUUGUGUUUACAUUGUUAAUCGAUUUUUAUUAUUAUAUAUUAUACUACGUAAUAUGCAGAAAUAAUACGCAUAAUCCCCCAAAAAUUUUUAUACAUAAAGAAAUAAAUCGCAAAUGUAAAAUUACAUUUUUUUGCAUAAGGCUUUGUAUUUGAAAAAACUUAAAUAAUACUUGAAAAAUAUUGAUUAAAGUUUUACAUAUGUUUUCUAGGUUGAGUGAUUUUUAAAUAUCAUGUGCCAUAUCAUUUAAUUUGUCUUUUUACAAUGACCAGUAAUAAAUAUAAAAAUACAGAAAUGUAGAAAUAUAUUUGAUUUGGUAAAAUGUAGAGUAAUUGAAGUUAUUUACACUAAAAGAGUUAUAUACACAAUUUAGUUUAAUUUUAUUUUUUAAUAUAUUUAAGAUAAUUUAAUGCACCACAAAUAUACCUUCUAUUUUAAUUCAUAAAAUAUAUUUAUCGAGAUAAAUGUGAUAAUAUAUAAGAUUAUUAGAGAUUAUUUAAGCAUAAAAAAGCGUAAUUGUAAUACAUUAUACAACUCUUAAUUUUUAAAAAUAACUUUUGAAAACGCGGCCAUGUUAAUAAAUUAUUCCAAACUUUUUCAACUUACAUUUUUAUACAGAUUCACUACACUUUCCCGGUUAUAUAUACUGCUUAAUUAUUGUGAAAUAAUGUAUAUACUAUUUAAUUAUGUUAAUUUUUUUAGAUGAUAAUGAAAUGGAAAUUUAUGACUUAUAUAAAGAAGGAACUGCCAAUUCAGGUAAAAUACUUAAUCUAAUAGCUAAUUUUUUUAUAAAGUAUUAGCUAAUGUUUAUAUAUAUUUUAGAAUAGGAACAUUAUUUCAAAAUAAUUACGAUAAAUAGUUUUUUAGACAGAUACUUUUCCAUUUUCUUUCAGCUCUAAUAAAUUUUAUACAUACAUACAUUCAUACAUAUAUUGUGUGUGUGUGUAUGUGUGUGUGUGUGUACAGAGUGUACAAAAAGUCCAGACCUUUUAAAUAUCUUGAAAAACAAACAUUCCGAAAAAACAUUUUAUACAAAAGUUGUAAAGUUUUAAGUGGCGUAUUACAUAGCAAUAGUAGUGUGACUUUGUAUACCAUUGUCAAGGUCAUGUAAAAAGCACUUUGAUAUUUUUUAAUGGUAACCCCAAUUUUUUAUUACAUAUUCUUACAGCUGACCUCAAGAGUUUUUCAAAACACUAUAAUACAGCCUUUUUUAUCAGUAUUUUUAAGUUAUGACGUUUGAAAGUUACAGUACUGUCGAUAUUAGCAUUGCCUAAGGUGUAUCGCAUGGAACUUGCCCGAUCAGAUUUUUAAGGGUGCAUUCCGAUAUUCGCUGCCAGUACUGACAACGUGACGUCGUAAAGCAGUGUUGACGAUGCGUUCCGUAAUUGCUUAUAACACUUUCUUUGGCCUAUAACGGAACGACAAUCACAGUACUGCACUGUGAAUGCCUUACCUCGCCAACCGCAGUAACAAAAGCAGGAAGUGACGACAAAAUCUAUGACGUCACACGCUUUUACAAGUUCAUCGAAAGUUUACUGCAGCGCAUUUUGGAACGUACUCAGCACUAUCAGUACUGGCAGUGAAUAUCGGAAUGCACCCUAAGUCGUGUGUAUGUGCUUUAUGUAAUGCGCCACUUGAAUUUAUAACUUUUGUAUGAAACCUUUUUUCAGAAAUCUUAUUUUUUAACAUAUUUAAGGAAUCCAAACUUUUUGUACACCCUGUAUAUAAUUCACUAUUUUAUUUUACUUUUAAAUAUUAUCUAAUAAUUUUUUAAAUAAGUGUUUAAACAAUCUUUUAUAAAAUUUUGUAGAAUAUUAUGAGAGCAAGGAACAAUUUUUCAAUGGAUUGCUUACAGAAAAAACACUUAAUGCAGCUAAUAUUUUUAAAAUAAUUGAUUGGAGCAUUUUGUUUACAGUUAAUUGGUCAAAUUCCAUAGAUAAUAAAAUUUUGUCAUUUUUUUAACAUUCUAUUUUUUAGUUUCUAAUGCUGAUGUUAAAAAUACGAGUCACAAAUCCUUAAUAAAUAUUUACUCAAUACUACACUUUACUAAUGAUCUAAAUAAAUCUAAUAUUCCAAAUGAUUCAAAUAAAUUACUAUACUAUAUAUGAUAUAUAUAUAUAAUAUAUUAUAUGGAACUAAUAAUCACGAUUUUUUAGAUAAUAGGAAAGAAUAUCAACAAUGCGAGGUUAUUAUUAAAAAAAUAGACACACAACAGAUAAUGCAGAAAAGAAGACCAUUAUCCACUAUUAGGUACGUUAUCACAAUUAGUGAUUUUUUAUAAAAACUUAAAUAAAUUCUUGUUACUUCUAUUAUUAAAGUUACCUUUUUAAAUAUUUCAGUACCACAAACAGACUGCCUAAGCAAGUUAAACGACGAAGUUUAUAAAAUAUAUGUAAGAAAACUGGCAGACAAAACUACUUUGUUUUUUUCCAAGUAUGACUACAUGCGGCAUAAUCUGCGUACGCGUAAUCUGCGUAUUCUAGAAACUUGUAAAAAAUUAUGCCAUUCUGAAAGUACCUAUUUCACAUGGCGCGCAUUCAGCGGAACAUCAAAAUAAUAACCAAUCGAGAAUGUAUUUAAUAAUUCUGCUUUAUUGUAUAACAGAAGGUUUCAUCUGUUAUUGGACAGGCUUGACGCGCUUUAAUAAAAUUUACGCAAAAUACGCUUCAUGUGAAAUAGGUACUUUCAGAAUGGCGUUACUUUAUAAAUUAUUAAAAUACGCAGAUUACGCGUUCGCAGGUUACGCCGCAUGUAAAGUUACCUUAACUGUAGCAGAUCUUAACACAUCUACACCACCACAUCACAAGUAAAAUAAUUUGGAAUAAGUGCGUUAGUUCCAGUGCAGCGAUUAUGUAACUUUUCUUAGGGCGGUAACGUAAAAAGUGAAAAGUUUCAUGUAACUAUCUUUUUCUAUUGGUCUUGAAUAGAAAGAGACAGUAACUUAAAACUUGAAACUUUUCACUUUUCACGUUUUUGCCCUAGAAGAAAAAUUACAUGAUCACUAUCUUGAAUCGUAAAAUAAAAGAUUCAGAAAAAGAUACUUUUUAAAACUUAUAACUUUAUAAUCUUCAAAAGUUUCGUAAACUUUAUCUUUCUAAAGUAUUGUCAUAUACUGCGUUUUGCUUUACAUUUCUGUAAUGUUAUACCAGGGGCCCGAUUCUUGAAGUCAUUCGCAAGAGAAACGUAUACGCAAAUACUCGCUCUAACAAAAAGUUGUAAGUUUAUUGGUUAAUAGCCAUACGAUAGCCA